UUGAAUUAAAUUGCAAAACCAAUAGCCACCAAAUCCCAUACCUGUACUUAAAUACUCUUUUCUCAUACUUCCCUUCCGUGUAAUGCUCGGCUUUUUUUCCACUGCUUCAACAGAUUCGGUGUUGGAUCAGAGUAAGACUCAUUGAGGUUUUUCCAAUUCUGAAAACCAUGGAAUUCUUUUAUUAUGCCGUGUUCGGAGUGAUGACAGUUGUGGUAGCAGCUCUGGAGCUCACCAAGGGUUCCAAAGAUCGCCUUUCUACUUCGGUUCCCUUUAAUUCUUUCAAGAACAAUUAUCUUGUCGUCUAUAGUCUCAUGAUGGCUGGAGAUUGGUUACAAGGACCCUAUGUUUAUUUCCUUUACAGCCAGUAUGGUUUUAACAAGGGAGAAAUCGGAAGACUCUUCAUUGCCGGGUUUGGAUCAUCGAUGCUAUUUGGAACAAUUGUGGGAUCACUAGCUGAUAAACAGGGUCGUAAGAGGGCAUGCAUAACAUAUUGCAUAACUUACAUUUUAAGUUGUUUUACAAAGCAUUUUCCUGAGUACAAAGUCUUGAUGCUUGGUCGCAUUCUAGGAGGAAUUGCUACAUCUCUUCUAUUUUCAGCUUUUGAGUCAUGGCUUGUUGCUGAACAUUUCAAGAGGGGUUUUGAUCCACAAUGGCUGUCGUUGACAUUCUCAAAGGCAAUAUUCUUGGGCAAUGGUCUAGUAGCCAUUAUUUCUGGGCUCUUUGCUAACACCCUUGCAGACACUCUAGGCUUUGGUCCAGUUUCUCCAUUUGAUGCUGCUGCAUGCUUCCUAGCUAUAGGUAUGGCUAUUAUCCUCUCUACCUGGACAGAAAACUAUGGAGAUCCCUCAGAAAGCAAGGAUUUACUCACACAGUUCAAGGGUGCUGCUUUGGCCAUUGCUUCAGAUGACAAGAUUGCACUUCUAGGAGCUAUACAAUCAUUAUUUGAAGGUUCAAUGUACACAUUUGUGUUUCUUUGGACACCUGCUUUGAGCCCAAAUGAACAGGAUAUUCCUCAUGGGUUCAUAUUUGCAACAUUUAUGUUGGCUUCAAUGAUGGGAAGUUCCCUGGCCUCUAGACUUUUGGCUCGCCCAACACUCAAGGUGGAAAGCUACAUGCAGAUUGUAUUUGUUGUCUCUGCUGCAGCAUUACUCCUUCCUGUUACGACAAGUUUUUUCUUGGAGUCCAGCACAGAAAAAGGUGGAAGUAUUACAACAACAGGAUGUCUCCAACUUCUUGGAUUUUGUGUAUUUGAGGCUUGUGUGGGGAUAUUCUGGCCCUCAAUAAUGAAAAUGCGAUCACAAUAUAUUCCUGAGGAGGCUCGGAGCACAAUUAUGAACUUUUUCUGCAUGCCUUUGAACAUAUUUGUUUGUGUUGUGCUAUACAAUGUCAAUGCCUUCCCAAUCACAAUUAUGUUUGGAAUGUGUUCAAUCUUCCUCUUCAUUGCCGCAAUUCUCCAGAGGUGGCUCAUGGUGGUUGCUGAGAGUCAUAAGUCAAAAUCUCUUGAUACUUGGGUUGUAACCAACGAGUGUGAUACAGAGGGAGAGCCUCUUAACUUAUGAAACUGAGGAGAUACAGAAGAUGUUAUAACUAUUUACAGGGACCUGCUAUAAAAAGUUAUGCAGUUUCCUUGCUAGUCUUCAAAUUGAUGGGCUGGGCCAUUUGCUCAUUCUGUUACUCCAUUUUUGGCCUCAUGGCUCAUACAUUAAUGGGCUGAUAAUCAUGUAUCGGAGGACAGUGAUAUUGUUCCAGUACUUCAGAUGGAAAUAUUAGUUGCACUUAUGUAGGUGGUAGUCUCAUGGCAAACUAUUAAUGCCAGUAAUAGUUCUAUACCAUAUUUUGGGUAAUUCUUACAGAAAGCAAUAUAUAAAUUAGGGUACAUUGUGCCAACUGGCAGUGAAGCCAGAUCACCAAGCUUGCAACAUUUGUUUGCCAGUCAAUGCAGGGACAGGAACUUCGGUUCUGUAACUGUGUGGAUUUUUAAUUGCAUUCACCAAUCAUGUGGAAUAUGUUAUUUUACUUUUAGUUCCA